AUGAAUUUGAAUAGUACGAGUCACAAGAUUUUCAAAUAUUAUGUGUAUGGAACGGACCAAGACGACACAGAGGGCUCGUCAUCGUGUACACCAAUACCUUCUAGAACACGUCGCAGCCUCAAUAGCCGUUUAAGUAGCAGCGAAGCCUAUACAAGCCUAACUACUACAGAGGAAUCGUCUGACUCAGAUGUUCCAGUAUCUCCUGUGAAAACCUCAAAAUUCAAACGUUUCAUAAAUGGUCUAUUCUCCAAAAAAUCCAAAAAAAACGCUGCAUUUAAAGAAAAUAAAUCUAACUGUUGGCUGCCUAAAUUGGCUAGUUUUGACACUAUCACUAACAAACUUAAUGGAAAGAAAAGUUGUAAGACUAGUGAUCCAACACAAUUGUUGUUGGAACUUGUCACUAAAAGUAUAAAUGAAAAUAAUAAAAAUAGCAAUACACAAAGUAAAGGGAAAAAAUCUAAUGGUAUCCCAAUUAAAGGACAGAAAAAUGAGCAGCUUUCUAACGGAGAAAAAUUUGAAAAUAAAAAUGACAAACAAAAACAAUUGCAUAAUACACCACAAGACAGCAUGACAUCAUCAUCAGAUUCAAUAUUUUUAUUCAAUAAAAAACCACCUGUUCCCGGAUGCUCGUUCUAUCCCACUGGUGCUAGGCAAACACAGAGAAAAUGGAGAGUGAUUAAUAAC